GCGGUAGGAAGAAAAUCUCCGAAUUGUUCUCGAAGCCUGCAGAAAGUUUUUCCAAAUUACCUCUUCCCAGUGAAUUUCCGUGAAAAUAUGUCGACAAUUGCAAGUGCACUAACUGUGGCAGGGACUAGGACAUCCGGUCAACCAAUCCGCACUCAAAAUGUCAUGGCAGCAUGCUCCAUUGCCAACAUCGUCAAGAGUUCCCUUGGACCCGUUGGUCUAGAUAAGAUGCUUGUGGAUGACAUUGGAGAUGUAACUGUGACAAAUGAUGGAGCAACUAUACUGAAACUCCUGGAAGUUGAGCACCCGGCAGCCAAAGUUCUCGUUGAAUUGGCUCAGUUGCAGGAUGAGGAAGUUGGUGAUGGAACAACCUCAGUAGUUAUUAUUGCUGCUGAACUGCUCAAGAAUGCCGAUGAGCUUGUGAAGCAGAAGAUUCAUCCUACUUCCAUCAUUUCCGGAUACCGGCUGGCGUGCAAAGAGGCCUGCAAGUACAUUUCGGAGCAUCUCACGGAACCCGUAGACAAUCUCGGGCGGGAAUGUAUUGUGAAUGUGGCAAAAACCUCAAUGAGCUCCAAGAUCAUUGGACCAGAUGCUGAUUUCUUCUCCUCCAUGGUUGUUGAUGCAGCACAAGCGGUCAAAAUCACUGAUCCCAAGGGAAAUCCAGCUUACCCCAUUAAGGCUGUCAAUGUGCUAAAGGCACAUGGAAAGUCUGCUCGUGAGAGUACCCUCAUUCCAGGUUAUGCUCUUAACUGCACUGUUGCAUCCCAGCAGAUGCCCAAGAAGAUUGUUAAUGCAAAGAUUGCAUGCCUCGACUUCUCCUUGCAAAAGACAAAGAUGAAGUUGGGUGUGCAGGUGCUCGUGAAUGAUCCGGCAAAUCUGGAGAAAAUCCGUGAACGUGAGCUGGAUAUCACGCGCGAAAAGAUCCAGAAGAUUCUCGCUACGGGUGUGAAUGUGGUGCUCUGCUCAGGAGGAAUCGAUGAUCUCUGUCUCAAGUAUUUCGUGGAAUCCAAGGCAAUGGCGGUGCGAAGGGUGAAGAAGAAUGACCUCAAGAGAAUCGCUAAGGCCACAGGAGCUGCCUACCUCACGUCCCUUACCAACAUGGAGGGUGAGGAGAGUUUUGAACCCUCAAUGGUGGGCGAGGCCAAUGAAGUGAGUCAGGAAUUUGUCAGCGACGACGAACUCAUUCUCAUCAAGGGGCCCAAGGCACGUACAGCCUCCUCAAUCAUUCUACGUGGUCCAAAUGAUUUCUACCUUGACGAAAUGGAACGUUCCAUUCACGAUGCCCUCUGUGUUGUCAAGAGAGUUCUUGAAGGGAAGAAAGUCGUCGCUGGUGGAGGAUGUGUUGAAGCGGCUCUUUCCAUCUAUUUGGAAAAUUUUGCUACUUCUCUGAGUUCCAGGGAACAAUUGGCAAUUGCAGAAUUUGCCAAAUCCCUAUUGGUAAUCCCGAAGACAUUGGCUGUGAAUGCAGCCAAGGAUGCCACGGACUUGGUUGCAAAACUCCGUGCCUACCACAAUUCCAGUCAAACCAAGUUGGAUCAUGCGCAUCUAAAGUGGUUCGGAUUGGAUUUGAUUGAGGGAAUUGUGCGGGAUAACAAGAAGGCUGGUGUUCUCGAGCCCGCCAUGUCCAAGAUUAAAUCCCUCAAAUUCGCCACGGAAGCCGCAUUAACAAUCUUGCGAAUUGAUGACAUGAUCAAGCUCAAUCCCGAGGAAAGGGGUGGGAAGAGCUAUGCCGAUGCUUGUGCUGCUGGUGAAUUGUAAGUGGGAGGUGUCACAAGGGAAGAAAUCCAUUUACCCGAUCAGUAAUUGCAGUCUUUGCGAGAUUUUUCGUUCUUCACGUCUCAUUAGAAAAUAAUGCAAGCUUAUUUUUCACAUAAACACAAAAACAAUGUAUUGACAUUUUAAUAAGAAAAUAAUAAUUUCUAACAAUCGCCUAAA